ACAAACAAAAUCAAUCAAUUAAUCAAUCUGAUUGAACAGAUUGCUCCACGCCCACUCAGCCCAAAACAUACCUAUACACACACGCACACGCACACGAACCCAAACACAAACUCACACUCACGACCGCUCACACACGAGUCAACGCCCACACGUCCACACCCAUUGAUUGGAGUGGCGGUGGUGGGAGGAAGGAGAGAAGAGCAAGCAAGCAAGCAAAAAAAGGAGCCAACAAAGUGAGAGUGGGAGAGAGCAACAACAACAACAACAACAACAACAAUUGGAACAACAAGAACAAACAUGUUCAAUUCACUUGCUCUGAUGCUCGCCUGCUGCGCACUUGCCGCCCUCAGUCUCGCCCACAAGGAUGGAGGAUCGACUGCAGAUGGAACGGGAACAGCCACAGAACUGAGCUCAUCCUCAUCCCCAUCCUCAUCCUCAUCAUCAUCAUCAUCAUCAUCUCCCUCUCCCUCCCCAUCCGCAUCGCCAUCAAUGCCGUUUGCGACGGGGCCUGGGAGCAGCACCAGCAAGCAAUUGAGCAGAUGCCGUCAAAGCUGCUAUCAGCAGUUUUCGAGGGGCUGGCAUUAUUGUACGGAUUCCACUGAUUGCAGAAAUUGCUGGGAAAACUGUCAAAAGCAAUUGUCGCCCUUCGAGCUGAGGAUACACAGGGCCCAGCGACAGGGAGCACUCGUGCUCACCGACAUUGGCUGGGACGAGAUGAUAGCCAAUGCCUCGCGCCAGUGCCUGAUCACCUGGGAGGUGUCUGGGGGCGGUCUGAUAGGCAAUCUUCUCACGGACACGUCUCGUGCCGAGCUCUCCCUGUGGCCGGACACGGUCUACAAUAUACAGGUCACGUGUAAGCAUAAGCUUACUGGCAUGAUGCGACGCUCGAAGAAGCUCAAUGUGGACACGCGCCAGUUGGUGGGCACCACCACAGAGGGCAACACCUCCACAACAACAACAACAACGGAGCGUGGACAGCCAAAGAUGCAUGCCCAUCUGCAUCCCACGGACCGGGUGUACAUCAUCAGUGCUUUGCCAACAACGAGCCAACUGAGUGGCGUUGUCUAUCCGGCCUUUGGGGCGUUGGCCUUUUUCCUGUCGCUGUUGGUGAUGUUCCUGUUUUUGCGUCCGCAGCGCAAGCGUUUCCUUCUAGAUGCAGAUGCCACGGAAGCGGACACGGCCACGCUGAUCGGUGGACAUCGGAGUUCGUCGAGGAAUUCGCUGGACUCCUCGACGCUGCAUGUCUAAAGCCGACGACGAGGAGGAGUGCCGAAAAUUGAGAACUUGUAGUCGUAUAUAGAAUUAUAUGUCUGACUAUGUGAUAUUCUGCACACACACACACAUAAAAACCCCCCAAAAACCUGUAAAUACAACACUGCUAUAGGCCCCCAAGCAUUA